GAGCGGUGUGGUGUGUGUAUGCCUCUGGAUCUAAUAUCACCUACCUGUCCUUGUCACUCUGAUAGUCAGCAGAGGUAGCCGCUGUUCACCGCCGAUGCCAUGGCAGCGCUCAAUGGCCUCUUUUAAAGCAUUUAUCAGCUCAGACACAACGAGGGGCUCUCUACUCAGCCGCAGGAGGAACCGCGCUGCUGUGCGUAUUUUGGAGAGCCGCUGAACACAUUCCGCAGUCGGACUUUCCGAUCAUCCUUCCAGUACUGAGAGGGACUUAAUCUGCUUUUUUGACAGCCAGCGGUGCGAUUUUUGCCGAUGAACUCUAUGAGGGAUCCAUUAAACACAGACCAUCACCACACAGGGAAUAAACUUGCCUCCACGCACUACACGGCUCUGGCGAUGGCCUCUAGUUUACAGCCGCUGCAGCGGUCGGUGGACUCGAAGCACCGGCAUGAGGUGCACACCGUGUCGGACACUUCCAGCCCGGAGUCUGUCGAAAAAGAGAAGAACCAGAGUAAGAACAACGACGACUCUUCGGAUGACCCCUCGAAAAAGAAGCGACAGCGGCGGCAGAGGACUCACUUCACCAGCCAGCAGCUCCAGGAACUGGAGGCCACUUUCCAGCGGAAUCGCUACCCGGACAUGAGCACGAGGGAGGAGAUAGCCGUGUGGACCAACCUCACAGAGGCCCGGGUCAGGGUUUGGUUCAAGAACCGGCGAGCCAAGUGGAGGAAGCGGGAGAGAAACCAACAAGCCGAGCUUUGCAAAAACGGCUUCGGCCCUCAGUUCAACGGACUCAUGCAGCCCUACGAAGACAUGUACCCCAGCUACACGUACAACAACUGGGCCGCCAAGGGCCUCACGUCGGCCUCCUUGUCCUCCAAGAGCUUCCCUUUCUUCAACUCCAUGAACGUCAACCCCUUGUCCUCGCAGACCAUGUUCUCGCCGCCCAACUCCAUAUCCUCCAUGACUUCCAGCAUGGUGCCAUCGUCGGUGUCGGGCGUGCCGGGCUCCAGCCUCAACAGCCUCAACAACUUGAACAACCUCAGCAACCCAUCGCUCAACUCGGGGGUGCCCACGCCGACGUGCCCCUACGCGCCGCCGACCCCUCCUUACGUGUACAGGGACACUUGUAACUCCAGCCUGGCCAGCCUGAGACUGAAAGCCAAGCAGCACUCGAGUUUUGGAUACGUGCAGAAUCCGGCGACGAAUCUGAGCGCUUGCCAGUACGCCGUGGACAGACCCGUCUAAUACCGAUCCGCACUGCCAAGAACGACCACCCUAACAAGUCAUUAAAGGCUGAAGUGGCGUGAUUUUGCGCGUAAUUGGGGUGAGGAAAUCUGGUUUUUACUUGUUUUGUUUUUUUAAAUGCAUUUAGGGAAACUCCUCCAUCGACUGGCAUCUUCAAUAGCUGGAGUGCUGCAUUGUUUUGGGCUUUUUUCCCUCUUUCCUCAACAUAUCGCCACUUGCCCCUUGAACAUUCCCCAACAUUAAAAGAACCGUGUGAGAUUAUCCCACCCGCUCCCUGUUGUUAAGAUUUUUUUUAUUUGAUUUUAUUUCAGCAGGAAAAAUAAGAUUUGAAGGUUGGCUUGUUAUGGUGGUCAUUUUUUGCAGUGUGUGAGUGUGUGUGGGUGUGUGUGUGCGUAAUCACAAACAGCCGGCCACAGGAACAAGAGACUACUACAACUACUUCUUUUUUUUUGUUGUUGUGUUUUUUCAUAUUUUUUUUUUUCCAAAAAGAAAAAAGGGCACUAGAGACUUAACCACUGACUCAAGCUCAGCUCCGGGAGGUUUUAGGUUUAUUCCCCCUUCGAUGAGUCCAGGCCUGUUUGCGCCACCGUCAAAAAGAAGAAGAUGAUGAAGAAGAAGAAGAAGAAACACACGCCUGGUUCAUUUUUUUCAUAAAAACUCCUCAUGAGGGUUAUUUUUCAUUUUCUCUGGACGUUAAAUGUUGACUGAAAAAAAAAAAAAGGUUGUAAAUAUAUAUUUGAACUAUCAUCUCCUGUCUGUCGAGGCGAAUGCGCUUUAACCCUCCAAGUUUCUCUCCCCAGGUUCGAUUUAUCAACGCAUGUGGAAAAAAAAACAGAAUUAAACAAAACAAAAAAAAAAGAUAAAACCCUAAAAAGGAAUCAUGUUUUGCUUGCAAACAAAAAGGGAAUGUACAUACUAAAAAAAACGCACCAGUUGUGUGUUUCUAACAUAUUAUAAAUUUAUUAUUAAUGUCUGUGUGAAUAUCGAUUUAGAAUAGCAAUUCUGGAUUUAAACAAAACUAAAAAAAAAAAAUAAGAAAAAGACGCAUCAAAAAUGUUCCUGCGACAAAUUAUUUGUUUGUUUUUUUGCUCUGUGUAUACUAUUUGGUACGGAAUUAUGUUUCUCUCCUCUUUUUUUUGUUCUUUUUUUUUUCCAA